UUUAAUUAACAAUUAGUAAUAGAAAUUAAUAAUCUCAAGUAACUAUUAGGUACUACAUUCUAAUAUCUAAUGGCAAAAAUGACAAGUAUCAAAUAAUGUCGAGACGUAGUAUUUCGAGCUAUAUAUUAUGACUUUUUGCUUGGUGACAUCAUUAAUUGCUGUUUGUUAUUUAAUACAUAGAUAUGUUAUAAUUUGCAGAUACUGCAGAUAAAUGAAAUGCGUUGGCAAAAGUAAAUAACAUUUUUUUUUACUUUUAUAAUAAAACAACAAAAUAUUUUCGCGUUUUGUUAUUAUAUCAUGUAGUUUUUGUAGCUGCAACACCAACAAAGAAAAAAAAAAAAACGAAAUAUUGAUUUUUCGUUUGACAUCGGCUUCAAAUGAAAAACAUCGAACAUAGUGUUUGGUCUUAAGCCUAAAUUAUUUUUUUGGAGUACCUGAAAGGUGUCUUUUGAAGUGUUAAGUGCUCGUGUUUGAAUAUGAGCGAAUUGAGACAACGUCGAGGUGAUGGCGAUAACAAUGAAAAAGUCGAAACGGCUGGAGAGUCCGAUCAUGUGGAUUCAGAAGAGGAGAAGGUUUUAGAGGAGAAAUAUGUCGAUGAAUUGGCUAAGACCUUACCUCAGGGUACGGACAAAACCCCUGAGAUUCUUGACUCUGCUUUAUCUGGCCUGUCUUCACGAUGGAGAAACUGGGUUAUUCGAGGUAUCUUUACAUGGCUGAUGAUUGGUGGAUUCUGCUUACUCAUCUAUGGAGGUCCUCUAGCUCUUAUGAUAACCGUGCUCUGUGUGCAAGUGAAGUGCUUCGAAGAAAUCAUCAACAUAGGUUACGCCGUGUACCGAGUUCACGGUCUGCCCUGGUUCCGUUCCCUGUCGUGGUACUUCUUAUUGACGUCCAACUACUUCUUCUAUGGAGAGAACCUUAUCGAUUACUUUGGAGUUGUAAUCAAUAGAACUGACUAUCUCCACUUCCUGGUGACGUAUCACCGCUUUAUAUCAUUCAGCCUGUACUGCGUUGGCUUCGUUUGGUUCGUGUUAUCACUCGUCAAGCGCUACUACAUGCGACAAUUCAGCCUGUUCGCUUGGACUCACGUUGCUCUGCUGAUCGUUGUGACCCAGAGUUACCUCAUUAUACAGAAUAUAUUUGAAGGUCUAAUCUGGUUCAUAGUUCCAGUAUCUAUGAUAAUAUGCAACGAUGUGAUGGCUUACGUGUUUGGUUUCUUCUUCGGAAAGACUCCGUUAAUCAAACUCAGUCCCAAGAAAACAUGGGAAGGCUUCAUUGGCGGUGGAGUUUCUACUGUCAUCUUUGGACUUGUGCUAUCCUACAUGAUGUCUCAAUACCCUUACCUGGUGUGUCCAAUCGAGUACUCCGACUCUUUGGGACGAAUGACAAUGGACUGCGAGCCGUCUUCACUCUUCCGUCUCCAGGACUACACGCCGCCUCAGUUCUUACAACCGGUUAUGAAAAUUUUGGGUCGUGAGAAAUUCAACAUGUAUCCCUUCAUGAUCCACUCGUUGGCUCUCAGUAUCUUCAGUUCAGUCAUUGGACCCUUUGGAGGAUUCUUUGCUUCUGGAUUUAAACGCGCUUUCAAAAUCAAGGACUUUGGAGACGUGAUCCCUGGACACGGAGGUAUUAUGGAUCGUUUCGACUGCCAGUUCCUAAUGGCCACCUUCGUGAAUGUGUACAUCACUAGCUUCAUCCGCACUGCUACUCCUCAGAAACUAUUGCAACAGGUUUACAAUCUGAAGCCCGAGCAGCAAUUGCAAUUGUUCUACGCUUUGAAGGAAUCGCUGGAACACAGGAAUAUACUCAAUAUGGUACCUUAAAUUAAUUUAGGCGAAUAUUUUAUUUAUAUACUUAUUGACUUUGACAAAAAUUGUAAGAGGAGUUUCACACUUAUUGCGUUUCUGCAGCUUACUUUAUGUAAAGUACGAGAUGUAUUGUUUUUAGGUUACAAUAUUGCCUGUUUUUCGUAAGAAUACAAAAUUUUGUAUAGUAGGGAAAAAUAAUUCGUUUGAAAAAAUUACCUACUAUAAACAAAUGAAGUUAUAAUAAUAAUAAAAAUUGCAAUUUUGAAGUACAUUUUUGCUGAAUAGUAUCUUUUAUUUGAAAUAUUGUUGCAUCAAAAUGAUGAAGAAAAUAAGUGAAACUUAAUAAAAAACAAAUUUAAAGAGAAAACGCACCGUUUUUAUUGAAAAAGCAGAACGAAUUACCGCUGCGUUUCUGUACAGUGUGAGAUCACACUAAGUUUUGACAAUUUUCAGAUUGUACGCAGCAUACAUUUUAUUCUAGUCCUAUUAGUUACUAUACCUUUCACUCAUAACCAUCAAUUAUAAUAAAAAAAUAUAUAUUUAUGUAUAAAUAUAAGAUUAUUGAUUCUGUUUUAUUUGCGAUUAGUUAACGCUUGUAAUAUUAGGACCUAUUCAAAUAUUACGUUAGAUUUUUAUCUGAAAAACUACAAUAUUUUUCGUUAAACAUUUUAAAGUGGUAAAGGUAGUGGUAAAGGAAGGUAAUACCUGUUUACCUGAUGGGUAAUAUUUUAUCAAAUAACACAUAAAGUUUUAGUUUAAGUAAGAUUUCAUUCGACUUUUAAAGUUUGAGACAACUUACAUUAUUCCUGAAUAACAUCCUAUUAUAUAUGUAAACGUAGUAGCGAAUUAUAGUUAUAGAAUAGA